AUGUUAAAUUAAGAAUUCUAUGACAAUGCAUUGAAAACAUUGCAAUAAUUGUCACCUGAAAUAUAAGAAUAUUAAUUUCCUCAUUUAAGAUUGUUUACAGAUGGAGAUGAAUUUUAUCGUAUAAAUAAUGAUGAUUAUAGAGAAAUUAUGGUAAAUGAUUGACGAAUCAAAAACAUAUUGUUGGAUUUUGACUUAUGCUAUGGACAAGAGUUUAGCAGCCAAUAUAACUCUUUAUAAAUUAAUUAAUGCAUAAUAAAGAGGUGUUAAUGUAGUUUUAUUUGUGGAUGAUCUUUAAGGACAUUAUAAUAACAAAUUAACUAAAUUAUUUUAAUCUUAUGGAGGAGUGUUUUUGAAUUUGAAUCCUUUAAGUGCUUUUAAAAUAUAUGGAUAAGAGUUCUUUCGUAGACAUCAUGAAAAAAUGGCAGUAGCUGAUCAUAAAGCAAUAUUUGGUACAUCUAACAUAGAAUCUCAUUAUGGUGGUGUUAAAUGGGGCAAACAGACAUUUCAUGAUAUUAACACUUAUACAGAAGGUAGACAUUUAUCAUAUAAUCUUUAAAAACAUUUUAUGUAUUUAGCUAGUUUAUAUAAAAUUUAAUUGAAUCCUCAUAAACCUACACCUAAUGAGGAUUUANGA